UGAGAAAAGGAAAAGAAAAUAUCAUUAUAUAUUCCUUAGCAGCCAACCACAGCCCUUAGCCAUAAUAGCAAAUCCAACUUCUUAUCUCUCCAAUUUAUUUUCUCUUCCUUACCUUUUCCUCUCCUGACAGCACUGCCUUCUCUCAGUUGCCAUUUGCUCCGCCCUUGCUUUCUCUACUCAUUCCACGAAAAACUUUUACCCUUCUCAAUCUCUUAUCAGACCACCUAUGCAUGUCGUCCCGUCAUUAACCUUGUCCCUGAAUCUUAGCAUGGUUACUACUAAAUUUCAUUUUGUAAUUUAAGAGAAUACUGAAACUUUAUAUGUUGCUCCAUUGAAGCCUUAAUUUUGCUGCUGAGGUCUUGCUAGAAAUAUAAAAUAAAAUCUUGCCUGCACCAAGAUUUUUAGUAAUGAAAGAACUGUUCUCCAAGAAUUUUGCUUUCUGGGUCAAAGGUUGUCUUAAUAGAUAACCUUUUCAAGAAGGAAAAAGAAAAAGAACUUAGAACAAGAAGUUACUAUGAUCUCUAUGCUACAACUCAACAAUGCUAUUCUGCAGCUAUCAUCACUACCUCCCCGUCAACACCACUGCCACUUAUAUAACAAUGUAAAAUGGCAUAAAAGCCGCCCCCUUCGACAACCAACAAUUCAACCAAGAUCAUCUCUUCAUCUCUCUACCAAAACUCAAACCACUAACCUCUUUUUUCUACCACAGAUUACUAAUCUCUGCCAAACAGGUAACCUGACUGAAGCAUUUACCCUUCUUCAGGACAAACUUAAAAAUGAAAAUUUCAAUUCAUUACAAACUAAAGAAGCAAUGGGUAUUCUUCUCCAAGCCUGUGGCCAUCAAAAAGACAUUGAAACUGGUAAAAAGAUACAUGAAAUUGUUUCAAAAUCUGACCUUUAUUGCAAUGACUAUGUUCUUAACACCCGCAUUAUUACAAUGUAUUCAGCGUGUGGAUCUGUUUUGGAUUCUCGUAUUUUGUUUGAUAAUUUGCAAAGGAAGAAUUUGUUUCAGUGGAAUGCAAUUGUUAGCGGGUACACAAGAAAUGAACUUUACAGUGAUGCUAUUGACAUGUUUGUGAAAUUGAUAACUGAUACUGAGUUUAACGCUGAUAAUUUUACUUUCCCUUGUGUGAUUAAGGCUUGUACUGGGAGUUUAGAUAGGGGCUUAGGUGAGGUGAUUCAUGGGAUGGUGAUAAAGAUGGGUUUGCUCUUGGAUGUCUUUGUGGGUAAUGCACUGAUUGCUAUGUAUGGGAAAUUUGGUUUUGUUGAUGCAGCAGUAAAAGUGUUUCACUAUAUGCCUGUAAGAAACUUGGUUUCUUGGAAUUCAAUAAUUUCUGGUUUUUCUGAAAAUGGGUUUUCUAAAGAUUGUUUUGAUAUGUUAGUGGAGAUGAUGGCGGGUGAGGAGGGCUUGUUGCCUGAUAUUGCCACAUUGGUGACCGUCUUACCGGUCUGUGCAAGAGAAGUAGAUGUUCAAAUGGGAAUAAGAAUUCAUGGUUUGGCAGUGAAACUGGGGCUGAGUGAAGACGUAAGGGUUAAUAAUUCUUUGGUAGACAUGUAUUCAAAAUGUGGGUAUUUGACUGAAGCCCAAAUGUUAUUUGAUAAGAAUAAUAGAAAGAAUGCGGUGUCCUGGAAUACCAUGAUUGGAGGGCUUUGUACAAAAGGAUACAUCUUUGAGGCAUUUAAUCUCUUCAGAGAAAUGCAAAUGCAAGAGGAUAUAGAGGUUAAUGAGGUUACAGUGUUAAACAUUUUGCCUGCUUGCUUGGAGAUAUCACAGUUAAGAAGUUUGAAGGAACUUCAUGGCUAUUCAAUUAGACAUGGAUUCCAAUAUGAUGAAUUAGUGGCCAAUGGUUUUGUUGCAGCUUAUGCUAAGUGCGGGAUGCUGAUUUGUGCUGAGCGCGUCUUUUAUAGCAUGGAGACGAAGACUGUGAAUUCUUGGAAUGCACUGAUUGGUGGUUGUGCACAGAAUGGAGAUCCGAGAAAGGCUCUAAAUUUGUACAUUCAAAUGACAUAUUCAGGCCUGGUACCUGAUUGGUUUACCAUUGGUAGUCUUCUUUUAGCUAGUGCCCACCUAAAAUCACUACGCUAUGGCAAAGAGGUUCACGGAUUUGUGCUGCGACAUGGGUUAGAAAUUGAUUCAUUUAUUGGUAUCUCAUUACUAUCCCUUUACAUCCAUUGUGGGGAAUCAUCUUCUGCACGUUUAUUGUUUGAUGGGAUGGAAGAAAAAAGUUCAGUGUCUUGGAAUGCAAUGAUUUCUGGUUAUUCACAAAAUGGACUUCCGGAGGAUGCCCUGAUAUUAUUUCGUAAAUUGGUGUCUGACGGAUUUCAGCCAUCUGAUAUUGCUGUAGUUAGUGUGCUUGGGGCUUGUUCACAACAAUCAGCUUUGCGGCUGGGGAAAGAAACUCAUUGUUAUGCGUUGAAGACUCUCCUUAUGGAGGAUGUUUUUGUUGCUUGUUCAACUAUAGAUAUGUAUGCAAAAAGUGGAUGUAUAAAAGAAUCUCGAAGUGUUUUUGAUGGGUUGAAGAAUAAAGAUUUGGCGUCAUGGAAUGCUAUUAUUGCUGCAUAUGGAGUUCAUGGAGAUGGAGAAGAGUCAAUAGAGCUAUUCGAGAGAAUGAGGAAAGUUGGUCAAAUGCCUGAUGGUUUCACAUUUAUUGGUAUAUUGACGGUGUGUAGUCAUGCAGGGCUGGUUGAAGAAGGGCUGAAAUAUUUCAAUGAGAUGCAGAAUUUCCAUGGGAUAGAACCAAAACUGGAGCAUUAUGCAUGUGUUAUGGAUAUGUUAGGUCGUGCUGGAAGAUUGGAUGAUGCUCUAAGGCUUGUCCAUGAGAUGCCUGAGCAACCAGAUAGUCGAGUCUGGAGCUCAUUGCUCAGUUUCUGCAGGAAUUUUGGUGAGCUGGAAAUAGGGCAGAUAGUUGCAGAGAAGCUGUUAGAAUUAGAACCAAAGAACGUAGAGAACUACGUAUCACUUUCAAACCUGUAUGCUGGAUCAGGUCGGUGGGAUGAUGUGCGAAGGGUGAGGCAAAUGAUAAAGGAUAUUGGCCUUCAAAAGGAUGCUGGCUGCAGUUGGAUUGAACUUGGAGGUAAAGUACAUAGUUUCGUUGCUGGGGACAAUUUGCUGCCACAGUCGAAAGAGAUGAGUAUGACAUGGAGAAAAUUAGAGAAAAAGAUGUGUAAAAUUGGAUAUAAACCUAACACAAGCGCUGUGCUCCAUGAUGUGGACGAAGAGAAGAAGAUUGAGAAACUGCGAGGGCACAGCGAGAAGCUUGCAAUUUGUUUUGGGCUGUUGAACACAACCAAAGCCACAACUCUCAGGAUUUUCAAGAAUCUGCGCAUUUGUGUAGAUUGUCAUAACGCUUCUAAGUUUAUGUCGGAGGUAACUGGAAGAGAGAUAAUAAUUAGAGAUAACAAGCGGUUUCAUCAUUUCAAAGAUGGAUUGUGUUCUUGUGGAGAUUAUUGGUGAAGAGAGGCAAGCAAGUUUCCGAUAUUUGCUUUUGAUUAGGGAAAACAGAUACUGGAGGUUGUCAAUUGAUUUACAGUAAGGUAUUAUACAGAAAUGGUUACUGCGAUUUGCUGCUCCAUUACUUCCUCUCAGAAUCACCUUGCACGUUCUGUUAAUAGGAUUAAAGUACAAUUGUAACUAUUCAAUGUAAUUUCACGAAUCUGUAUAUUUCUUCAUAGUAUGUGAUUAUAAAAAUAAAUGCUACAUACCUUACAGCUGCA